CAUAAUGGUCCAUUUAAGAAGUUAGGAACUUGCAAGGAAGUCUUUGAGGAGUUGUAUAUCAUAUCAUUCUUCAUAAAGUACACAUCUGACUGCAGCCAAAUCAUUAUUGUCCUCCACAUCCCUCCAGGCUUCUUCAACUGCACAUCUCAGCCCUGCACCUGCACUCUCCUCUUGUGUGCCAUGCAAGACAGAAGCCCAAGUUGAGGCUCAUAACACCCACCCAGACUCCUCACAGAACAUUUCUUCUCUGUUAUUAAAUCAGCAUGGCAAAGGUGGGUCAGCACCGGCAUCAGGAGAGGCUGCUGGUAGCACUGUCAGUUCUGGACUGUCCAGCUCGAAGCAACACAUCAGGAUUAGGUGUUCCCAGCGUGGAUUGAUGCCUGCAGGUGCAGGCCAACUGCAGCAGCACAUUAAUGCUGAGCAUAUGAUAGAAAAAUCAAUUCAAUUCCCUGACUGCGAACAAUCAUGUACCACAAGAAAAUCGCUAAAAAAGCAAAUCAACUCCAAUCAUUUGAGAAGAAGUGAACACCAUUGCAAAUUCUGUUUGAAUUCAUGUGCUACUGAUGCUGAUCCCAAACAGUAUGUGGGUUGCAAGGAAAUCUUACACAAGAAUUGCCAUUCUAAAUGUUCAUCAAUGAAGAAGUUUCACUGCUCUAAGUGCAAUUAUACUUGCACUAGAAAAAGGGAUUUAAAAACUCACUUUCUUAAUAAACAUUCAACAGAAAAACCUUUCCAGUGUUCCAAGUGUGAAUAUGCUUGCGUCAGAAAAUAUGCCUUGAAAAUUCAUUUCCUUUCCAUGCAUUCUACUGAAAACGCUUUUCAUUGCUCCAAAUGUGAUUAUGCUUGCAGCACAAAAAAGAACUUGGAUUAUCAUUUCCUUUCCAAACAUUCAGCAGUAAAACCUUUUCAAUGUUCUGAGUGUGAUUUUGCUUGCGCCUUAAAAGGGAAUUUGAAAAGUCAUUUCCUUUUCAAGCAUUCAACAAUGAAAGCUUUUCAAUGUUCCAUUUGUGAUUAUGCUUCUAGCAAACGAAGUACCUUAAAAAGUCAUAUCCUCUCCAGGCAUUCAACAGUAAAACCUUUUAAAUGCUCUGAGUGUGAAUAUGCUUUCAGCACAAAAAGUGUUUUAAAAAAUCAUAUCCUCUUCAAGCAUUCAACAGUAAAACCUUUUAAAUGCUCUGAGUGUGAUUUUGCUUGCGCCUCAAAAGGUAAUUUGAAAAGUCAUUGCCUUUUCAAGCAUUCAACAAUGAAAGCUUUUCAAUGCUUGGAGUGUGAUUAUGCUUCCAGCACAAAAAAAAAGCUUGGAAUAUCAUUUCCUUUCCAAGCAUUCAACAAUGAAAGCUUUUCAAUGUUCCAUUUGCGAUUAUGCCUCUAGCACACAAAAUACCUUAAAAAAUCAUAUCCUCUUCAAGCAUUCAACAGUAAAACAUUUUAAGUGCUCUG